GCAGCGUGGUUGCAGUUUGACGAAGGAAAGGGAGUUGGAAUGGGCGUUCAGUGUUAUCAAAAGUAGCUGCGUGAUCAACUUUUCCGAUAACGUUUUCACAAGUAGCGCGAUGGUCGUUGUGUAGCACCUCACUGGACAUAGGUGGUCCAGCGGGUGCUGACUGCUCACAGGGAGUUCAUCGAGUGUCGCAGCUGUGCUGGCGCGCACCGGGAAAAUGCGUCUGCUCGUCGCCUACUGCGCCCUGGCAGUGUUUACCUGCCGCACGUUGGUUGAUGCUGCCGCAUCACAAUGUGUCAUGAGGGGCGCCUGUGGAAUAGACCCAGAGACGGAUAAGCCCAUGCCCUGCGUUGACAACGGCCCUCCCAAAGCUGUCAGUGACAAGUCCAUGGAAAUUCUCAAGGGAAUCUGUCCGGAUUUGGUAUCGGGUCAAGGGAAAGAAUUCUGUUGCGACAAUGACCAGGUUACUGCCCUUGGCACAAACCUUGAAGUCAUGCGUUCAAUUGUCGCGAAUUGCCCGUCUUGUUUCUUCAACCUGGCACGUGUAUUCUGCAUGGUGACGUGUUCGCCUCGCCAAGAUGAUUUUCUUGAGGUUACACAAUUUAACAAGACUACCCGGGCAGUAUUAGAAGUCAGCUAUUACAUGACACAUCGUUAUGCUCUGGGUGCGUUUUCUUCCUGUUCGGGGCUGGAUUCUGGAACUUUGGGUGUACUCUGCGGCAGCUAUAGUGACGACUGUGGUCCCGAGACGCUCUUCAUGGGUCUUGGAAUGCACGACGGGCUCCAUUCACCCUUCCAGAUGGAUUUUGUGUUCACUGACUCUCCUGUUCCCGCGCACAACCACACUUACAAGCCCUUGAAUGCCACCUACAAGAAAUGCUCAGAGCCGGGGGCACCCGGUGCUGCACCGUGCAGCUGCUCCACGUGCAAGGAGUCGUGCGUCCCUUCAGACUACCCAGAAACACACAAGCCUUGGCGGAUACUCGGAUUCAACGGCUUCUACUUGCUGGCAGGCGUUGGCUACUCAGUCUUCUUUGUGGUCGUCAUGACGCUCUAUCUUGUUGCACGUUUCAGGAGUCCCCACACUCCUAGUGGUAGUGUGAAUGCAGGCACUUCGUCCGAAUUUUCAGAUGAUGCACCCCUGUAUGCAAAGGAUGGCUCAGCAUCAAAGGGGGGUCGACUGCAGAGGGCACUGGUGACCCAGUUUGCAAACUGGGGUUGGCUGUGUGCUCGUUGGCCCGUGACGGUUAUUGUGACGUCCCUUCUCGCCGUGGCCAUCUGUUGUGCUGGUCUUGCCUUCUUCACUAUUCGCACCAAUCCCGUCGAGCUGUGGUCUGCACCAAAGAGCCGGGCGCGACUGGAACGAGAACAGUUCAAUCAAGAGUUUGGGCCUUUCUACCGAAUACAGCAAGUGGUAAUUACACGUAAUGGUGGCCAGCCAUUCCCAUACACGCUUCAUCUGAAGCGGUACAACCUCACCAUCAACUUUGGAGCAGUUUUCGACAAGGAAUUUCUCCAUCAGGUGGCUGCGCUGCAGGAGGAGCUUCUGGGACUCAAAGCCGAGUACGAAGGGCGAAAUGUGACCUUGGAAGACAUCUGCUUUUCACCUCUUGGCAAUGGGAAGUGCAUGAUUCAAUCGCCCCUCAACUGGUUUCAAAACAAUGCCUCAGGUCUGGACCUGGUGUACAAAAACAAGACCUACCUUGAUCAUCUUUUCUUCUGCUUCAGUUCACCACUGUCACCUAGUGAUGAAGGUUUUGGUGGGAUGCCUUGCUUGGGCCAGUAUGGUGGGCCCGUGUUCCCCUAUGUUGGUCUUGGCAGCAUCGACGGUGACCAGUAUUCUUCAGCAUCUGCACUUGUCAUCACGAUUCUUGUUAACAACAAUGUGAACCCAUCGCUUCUUGGACCUGCCAUAGCCUGGGAGCGGAAGUUUAUUCAUACUCUCAAGAAUUUUUCCAACGAAAACAUGAGCGUUGCCUUUAUUUCAGAGAAUUCCGUAGAAGAUGAGCUGGAGAGAGAGAGUCGAUCUGACGUGUUUACCGUCCUGCUCAGCUACUUCGUCAUGUUUGUGUACGUUUCUCUUGCCUUGGGCCAGUACCGUUCCUUCAAGACAGUGCUGGUGGACUCUCAGAUGACACUGGGCUUGGCAGGCGUCGUCAUAGUUCUCGCCUCAGUGGCCUCAUCGCUUGGACUGUUCAGCUACUGGGGCACGCCGGCCACCCUGAUCAUCAUCGAAGUCAUCCCUUUCCUCGUGCUGGCUGUCGGCGUGGACAACAUUUUCAUUCUUGUCCAGGGAUUUCAGAGAGAUGAUGGGUCAGAAGAUGAGCCUAUUGAAGACAAGGUGGCACGUGUGGUGGGGAACCUUGGACCAUCUUUGCUCCUGGCUAGUUUCUCGGAAGCUACUUGCUUUUUCCUGGGGGGCCUGAGCACGAUGCCGGCUGUGAAGACGUUUGCACUGUAUGCUGGCCUUGCGCUUCUCGUCGACUUCCUGCUCCAGGUGACCUGCUUCGUUGCUCUGCUCACGCUCGAUGCAAGGAGACGGAGGAUGCAACGCAUGGAUGUAUGCUGCUGUAUUUCGGGAUCCCAGACAAUCUUCAUUGAGGAUGGGUCUUCGCAAGGAUUCUUGUACAGGCUUUUUGAAAACUACUAUGCCCCUGCCUUGAUGAAGGAACCAGUUCGGCUCACUGUGGUGUUGGUGUUUGUUGGAUGGGCGUGCUUCUCAUUUGCGGCUCUUGGAAACACCAAAAUAGGCUUAGACCAGGAGAUAUCUAUGCCCCUUGAUUCGUACCUCCAGAGCUAUUUCCACAUGCAGAAGACUGCUCUGGCUGUUGGGCCACCACUGUAUUUUGUGGUCCAGCCGGGCUACAACUACACGCGCUACGAGGACCAGGAUCUAAUUUGCGGCUUGCCUGGAUGCAGCUCGCAGUCACUGUACUCGCAGAUCAGCCUGGCUGCCGUCUACAACAACUUGACAACCAUAUCCCAGCCCCCUAUGUCCUGGCUUGACGACUACGUCACGUGGACCAAGACUUCUUCCUGUUGUGCAAUGGACAACACUACAAUGGCCUUUUGUCCUCGCAAUCACACAAGGCGAAAUACCUGUGUUCCCUGCUUGUCAAAACAAAAGCACCAGGAGCGUCCUGUAGGUGAUACGUUCCAGAGGUUCCUUUUGGACUUCUUGAAUGACAACCCUGAUGCCACGUGCCCCAAAGGGGGCCAUGCUGCCUAUGCAAAUGCAGUGCAGAUCUAUAAGAACAGCUCUCAUAUUGGAGCGACACAGUUCAUGACUUAUCACACUGCAUUGUCAGACUCGGACGACUUCACGCGUGCACUUAGGAUGGCACGAUUUGUGGCCGACAACGUCACACAUGAACUCCAAACUUCCUCAUCUUCCCAUAAUGCCACAGUGUUCCCGUAUAGCAUCUUCCACGUGUUCUACGAGCAGUACCUGACGAUCGAGGCAGAGUCUGCGGUGCAUCUGAGCAUCUCUCUUGUGGGCAUCUUUGGCAUCACCUUUCUGCUGCUCGACCUUAACCUGAAGGCGGCCGCAAUCGUCUGCCUCACGAUUGUCAUGAUCACAGUGGACCUGCUGGGCAUCAUGUACUUCUGGGACAUUGCACUCAAUGCCAUCUCUCUAGUCAACCUUGUCAUGGCUAUCGGCAUAUCUGUGGAGUUCUGCUCUCACAUUGUCCGGGCAUUCCUCAUGAGUGGACAACCCUGUCGUGUCUCGCGGUCUGAAGAGUCUCUUGCAACGAUGGGGAGCUCGGUGCUGUCGGGCAUCACACUGACCAAGUUUGGUGGUGUCGUGGUGCUGGCCUUUUCAAAAUCGCAGCUUUUCAGAGUUUUCUACUUCCGCAUGUACCUAUCCAUUGUGCUGGUGGGCGCUGCCCAUGGGCUCAUCUUCCUACCUGUCCUGCUUAGCUACAUAGGACCCUUCAAGGCGAAGUCCGUGGCAUCGAGAUCAAAAUGAACGUCUAAGUCUUAUCUUGCCAUUGUGUGCGGAGAUUAAGUUUUAUUGUACAAAGGAUAUAUAUGUGUGUGUGCGUAAUAGAUUGUUACUAUUGCCGUGACAAUGGCAACUGAUGUCAUCCGAGUGCCCGCCUUGCCAUUUUGUUCUGUUUAACAGAUUUAAAAUAUAACGAUUCUGUUGUAAAGAUCUCAACUACAGUAAAACCUCAUUAAUUCGAACUCGGAUAUUUCGAAAUCCCGCUUAAUUCGAAGGGUUUCUGCGGUCCCGUAUUUUCCAAUGUAAAUCUGAGUGGAUAUUUUGAAGCGGCGGUCAGCGCCAGCCCGGUUAAUUCGAAAACUUUGGGUGCCUUGUGCCAAUUCCCGAUCCCGAUUUCGCCGCAACUCCGUGGAAGCGACGGCCAUUAGGAGCCACAGGGCAAUGCAGUGCAGCGAUAUUAAUGUGUGACAGUUGAAGCAACCCAGCCUCGCUGGUGCUAGCGCAAAAAAAAAGUAAUAAAGAAAAAAAAAACGCGGUCUCGUGGUCAGCUACAACGUGCGCCUGCGGAAAAUAUGACGUGCUUCACUGCAACACAGCGGUGACACGCGGGCAGCAUGUCGCAUGCUUCUCACAACGUCAGCGCGUCAUGAUUUACCCAUUUCUUUUUUGGAAAAGAAAAGAUAAUAAAGGACGACCUGACGGAAUUCAUGAUGUAUGCAAACCUCCGACUGGCGGUUGCUCCGGCAAUUUGCGCACUUGCAAUGCUGGCGGAGUUCUUGCCUGUAACGCCUCCUUCGAAAACUCAGUUCGAAAACUUCAAUGAUCAUGUUUUCCAGCCAGAACAGAUCGCGGAUUCCGUCACACUGGCCAUUAUCAUAUUCUUUAUUUUACCAGAAAGAAUGGGCGAAUGGCCGCAUCAUGACGCGCUGACGCUGCGAGGAGCAGGUGAGCCCGCGUGUCACCACUGUGCUGCAGUGAAGCACGCCGUUUUUUCCGCAGGCACGCAUUUCAGCUGACCACGAGACUUUUUUUUUUUCUUUCUUUUUUUUCUUGCGCUGACAGCAGCGAGGCCCGCCGUUUUCGCGGGUUUGCGGCAAAAAUGGGACCGGGUAUUGCUGGAAAACCACCCUUGGAGCCGCAAACUAGAAGGCCAAACGACCACCUCUGAUUACUUUCAGUAAUUCAAAGUUCCUUGCAUCCCGCUUUUUGUAUGUUUCGUUAAUUCGAAAACCCGCUUAAUUCGAAAGUUUUUCACAGUCCCAGUGACUUUGAAUUAACGAGGUUUUACUGUACUAUGACGUUUUACUUUACCUGAGAUAGGAGACCCGCGUGAAACAGCAUGGCUUGUACAUUAAAGUGCAAUGGCACAUUCUGUAUACAAAUACUUAAGACUCUGCGAGUAAUGCGUUUUCACUUGUUUAUUGCAAAAGCAGAGUGAAAAUUAGCAUGUGCCUUACAUACAGAGGCAAAGCCAAGGUGUUAGUCUAGGCGACACUGGAUUUUGUACCGAUAGAGUAUUCUCUAUCAUUAUUUCUUUUGUAAAAUUCAGAUCUUCUCGGUUGUGUAAUCUCAGGUUUGUUUGCUUCCUGACUUUAACGGUGUCUUAUGCAAUAAAAUUGUUGAACUGUU